AUGGCAACAGCAACAGCAACAGCAUCAGCAACUCUGUCUGCGGCAACAUUUGCCGCCACCGUGAGCUCAGGCCGGUCUUCCCAGAGGAGAAAAACCAGAGUAAACUACAUUGGUGGAAUGAACUGUUUUAAUGGGCUUAAAGCUCAUAACAAUGUGGCCUCUUUAGGCGUUCCUGUUUGCACUGAACAGUCAUUUGCCAAGAUUGUUAGCUCUUUGAAACUUCCAUCACAAGGCAGAGGUGGUGGUGGUGGUGCUCUGUCUUCCACCUGUGACGCAGCUGCUGAGAUAUUCAAGAUUGCAGCAAUCAUGAAUGGGCUUGUUCUUAUCGGAGUUGCUGUGGGUUUUGUUCUUCUCCGAAUCGAAGCCUCGGUUGAGGAAUCUGAGUGA